AUGGCUCGGGUGGGGCAGAGCAUUCUUUAUUCCCUGCGCACCCAGAUGUUCAGCCACCUGCAGGACAUGUCACCAUCCUUCUAUCACCGCACGGCGGUAGGGCGGAUUAUGUCCCGCAGUCAGAGCGACGUGCUCCAACUUCAGGAAACCUUUGAAAUGCUGGUGCUGGCAUUGGCCGACGUGCUGACCCUGGCUUUUAUCGUCAUCUAUAUGCUGGCAGUGGACUGGCAGUUGGCUGUCGUCAGCCUGAGCAUAGUCCCGGUCCUGUUCUUUAUCCUGGGCUACUGGCAGCGGUUUGCUCGCCGCUCAUUUAUGCGCAUUCGCCGCGCCAUAGCAAUGGUCAACGGCGAGUACAACCAGAACAUUACCGGCGUUCGGGUGGUACAAAGCCUUAAUCGCCAGGAUGAAAACCUGAAUCACUUCAAGGAGUUGAACCAGGAGCACCUGGACGCCAACUUGCAGGCCAGUCGCUUUUCCGGCGGUCUCCAGCCCAUGGUCGAGUUCCUGAUUGGUAUUGGCAUGGGGUUUGGCAUCGUUCUGGUGGGCGGCAUGCUCGCCAAUAGCGGCAGCCUGGAAUGGGGUGUGCUGGUUGCCUUCGCCCUGUGGAUUCAGCGUUUCUUCGAGCCCGUCCGCCAUCUGACCAUGCAAUACGGUGUUUUCCAGAGGUCCAUGGCCGCCGGUGUUCGUAUCUUCGAGCUGUUGGACCUGGAUCCGGAAGUAAAUGACAAGCCCGACGCAAUAGAUAUGCCGCCGAUACGGGGUGAAGUCAGGUUCGAGGAUGUCAACUUCCACUAUGUUGAGGGGGUUGAAGUUCUGCAGGACAUUAACCUACAUAUCAAUCCCGGCGAAAACGUGGCCCUCGUAGGUUCCACGGGCGCAGGCAAGAGCACCAUGGUGACGCUGGUCCACCGGUUUGCCGAUGUUACCAACGGCAAGAUAACGAUUGACGGGUACGACCUGCGGGACGUCAAGCGUGAAUCUUUUGUGGGCCAGAUGAGCAUGGUGCUUCAGGAGCCUUACCUGUUCUCCGGCAACGUAAAAGAUAACAUCCGUUAUUGCUACGAGAACACCACCGAUGAUGACGUGAUUGCCGCGGCCAAGACCGUGGGAGCUCAUGACUUUAUCAUGGCUCUCGAAGACGGAUAUGACACGAUCCUGGCGGAACGAGGCGUUAACCUGAGCGUGGGUCAGCGGCAGUUAGUCAGCUUUGCCCGCGCUAUCGUCGGCGACCCUCGCAUCAUUGUGCUGGACGAAGCCACCGCCAACAUCGAUACUCAUACCGAGAUUCUGAUUCAGGAAGCCCUCAGUCACGUCCUUGCAGGCCGCACUUCUAUCGUCAUUGCCCACCGUCUUUCAACCAUACGCAACGCCGACAAGAUAGUCGUACUGGAUAAGGGACGCAUAGUUGAGGUGGGGCGGCACGAGGAACUGCUGCGCCGCAAUGGCGUUUACGGCCGCCUGUAUGCCAUCAACUACGGUUUGGCCCACGGCAACGGCGUUGAACCCGAGGGAGGGGCGCUGAUACCGGCGCCCGCGGAUAACGACUAA